AUGGCAGCACUCACGCAUUUGGAUUUAACUUACGUGCAAUAUACGCUGGACUCCCACGUCAGCUUUCUUCUGGCUCACGUCACGUUGUUGCCCUUUGUCACUCUCAGCGCAUAUGCUGCCUUGGUAUAUUUCAACAGAGACGCUGUUAUUCUCAACGCGUUCGCCGGACAGCUCGCCAACGAGGGGCUGAAUUUGGUGCUCAAGCGGUUAUUCAGAAUACGCAGACAAACUAUCGGCAAUGGUUAUGGUAUGCCUUCCUCUCACGCUCAGUUCGCAGCGUAUACAGCCACUUUCAUACUGCUACACCAGUACACUCGUCUGGGAAGGGUAGAUUUGCAGGCGUGGUGUGCUUGUGCCGUCGCUCUCCUCGUCGCUUACAGUCGACACCACCUCAGCUACCACACCACCAACCAGAUCAUCGUAGGCUGGGCUAUCGGUGCCCUUUUCGCAGUUUUCUACUUCAAUCUCACUGAGGUUUCGUGUGGGUUGCGUGUAAGAAGGAAGUCUCUGCUGGGGAAGCUGUGCGGGAUGCUGAGACAUACCAGGUUGUUCAUCGUGCAUACCCUUUCGCUCAACGAUCCAACACUAAGCAUUAGGCGGAGUUGA